CAUUUCUUCCUUCUUCUUCUUCAUCUUCAUUCAUUUCUCUUGUGUAGGGUUUGACAGAUUCUGAUUAUUUGAAAAAAAAUAUGUUUCGCGUGAGCAAUAACCUUGUUGGGAUCUUAAACUUCAUAACCUUCCUUCUCUCAAUCCCAAUCCUCUGGGUCGGAGUAUGGCUAAGCCGUCAGGGUACGUCAGAGUGCGAGCGUUUCCUCGACAAACCCGUAAUAGCAAUCGGAGUUUUCCUAAUGGUAGUCUCCUUAGCCGGUCUCAUCGGUGCGUGUUGCCGGAUCACAUGGCUACUAUGGGUAUACCUUCUAGUAAUGUUUCUACUUAUUGUGAUUCUUUUCUGUUUCACAAUCUUUGCUUUCGCCGUCACUAACAAGGGCGCCGGUGAGUCUUUAUCUGGUAAAGGAUAUAAGGAGUAUCGACUUGGGGAUUAUUCUAAUUGGUUGCAGAAAAGAGUUAAUAAUGGUAAGAAUUGGGAAAAGAUUAGAAGUUGUUUACAGGAUAGUAAGGUUUGUCAGAGCUUGAUUGAUGAUGGAUCUAAUACUACUUCUGAUCAGUUCUUUCUUGAACAUCUUUCGUCUAUUCAGUCGGGUUGCUGCAAACCUUCAAAUGACUGCAAAUUGGAGUAUUUUGGGCCAACAAUAUGGAAUACUUCAGCCACUUCCACAUUGGAUGCUAAUCCUGAUUGCAACUUGUGGAGUAAUGAUCAGAGUUUACUCUGCUAUCGCUGUCAAUCUUGUAAGGCGGGGCUGCUAGACAAUCUUAAGCGUGACUGGAAGAAGGUGGCGGUUGUGAACAUCAUCUUCCUCAUUUUUCUUAUUAUCGUGUACUCGAUUGGCUGCUGUGCUUUCAGGAACAACAGGAAGGAAGGACAUAUGAAUAACCCUUACUAGUAGUAGUGUCAAUACAUGUGAGGAGUUUAGUAGUUGGUUUAUGCACUGAUUAUGUGUUGUUGCUUUUGAUUUUUAGUUGUCUACUUUAUCUGUGACCAUUUUCAUUACUGGAUUUAUGUGUGUAGAUUGAAAUAGAUGUAAUUCAUCAUAUUAUUAUAUUGUGUAUGAAUUGUGAUC